CUGGAAUAAACAUGGCAAAAUUGACCGCCAGUAGCUAAUUAAAUCCUAUAGAAUAACUACCAAGAGAACACACCAGAAAGUAGAAAGAACACCAGAAAUGGCCACCACUCAGUCACAGACCAGUUACACACUAGCACCUGCCAUAAGAAAAGACUAAUAUUGGUCAACUUGGUGAAAGUUCUCCAUUUCAUAUCGUAUCCUAUCGUACCUAUCAGAUCAUAAUGUAAUUAAACAAUUACAUCAUGUACCAUUACCAAUUCAAUAAUCACAUAAUCAAGGGUGGCUACCAAAAGCAGCAAUUAGUUUUGUGCAAGAGGGUUUGGGCUUUUCAAUUGAUUAUUGCUGGCAGCCAGAACCGAAACGUGAUGGGUGUGAACCAGGAAGCUGCUGAGGUCUGAGGCCAUUGUGCAAGAACAUCAGUGUGGAUGUGUGCCCACGCCCUCUAGUCCUUGACCCAAUCCCCCUUCUCUUUUGUAGCCAUCACGGCCGGUCGCGAGAAAUUGCCCAAUGGAGAGCCAAAUCCUCCUUCCUCCUCCUCGUGCUCUUUCCUGAUUAGGGUCGAUCAGAAUCAAGUUUAAGCAUCUGUUUUUCGUGCUAAAACUUUGAUUAGGGAAUCAUGCAGAAGCAGCAGCUCCAUUUCUCAUGCAAGACGAAGUACAGCAAUGGAUUCCCUAUACCUUUCCAUGGCCUCGCUCUUGUGCUGCUCCUACUGCUCUCCAUGGCCUUUAUCGCCAGUUCUUGCACAGAGCAGGAGAAUGGCUCCCUCCUGCAAUUCCUCGCUGGGCUGUCACGGAAUGGUGGCCUCGCGUCAUCGUGGAAGAGAAACGAAACGGAGUGCUGCGCAUGGGAAGGAAUCACCUGCAACAAGGACGGGAUAGUCACCGACGUCUCUCUGGCUUCGAAGGGCCUUGAGGGGCCUGUAUCCCUGGCGCUGGGCAACCUCGCCAGCCUGCUACGCCUCAACCUGUCCCACAACUCGCUGUCCGGUGGCCUGCCGUUGGAGUUGCUGUCGUCUGAUAGCAUCAUCGUCCUCGAUGUCAGCUUCAACCGCCUCACCGGAGAAAUGCAAGAGCUGCCAUCUUCAACCCCUGCCCAGCCCCUGCAGGUACUGAACAUCUCGAGCAACUUGUUCACAGGACGGUUUCCAUCCUCCACGACGUGGGACGUGAUGAACAAUCUGGUCACACUGAACACCAGCAACAACAGCUUCACUGGACAGAUACCGACUCAUUUCUGCAGCAGCUCACCAUCCCUCUCUGUGCUUGAGCUCUGCUACAAUCACUUUACAGGCAGCAUCCCCCCUGGACUUGGUAAUUGUUCCAUGCUCAGUGUGCUCAAGGCUGGUCACAACAAGCUCAACGGGACUCUCCCAGAUGAACUCUUCAAUGCUUCCUCAUUGGAGUACCUGUCAUUUCCUGACAAUCGUUUACAUGGAAUGCUCGAUGGCGCACAAAUAAUCAGGCUCAGAAAUCUGUCUAUCCUUGAUCUUGGAGGGAAUAGGCUAAAUGGCACGAUUCCAGACUCCAUAGGUCAGCUCAAGAGACUAGAGGAGCUCCAUUUGAACCACAACAAUAUGUCAGGGGAGCUGCCAUCAGCUCUCAGUAACUGCACAAGUCUCAUAACAGUUGACCUGAAGGGCAACAACUUCAGUGGUGAACUUACCAAGGUCAACUUCUCAAACCUGCCCAAUAUGAAGAAUUUAGAUCUUCUUUAUAACAACUUCACCGGCACAAUUCCAGAAAGUAUAUACUCCUGCAGCAAGCUGACAGCACUACGGGUGUCUGGCAACAAGUUACAUGGACAGCUUUCGCCAAGAAUAGGCGAAUUGAAAUCCCUUACUUUCCUAUCACUUGGCUCCAACAAUUUUACAAAUAUCACAAAUACGCUCCGGAUACUCAAGAACUCUAGGAAACUCACGUCCCUGCUUAUUGGGGGGACCAACUUCAAGGGUGAAGCCAUGCCAGAAGAUGAAGUAAUAGAUGGUUUUCAGAAUCUUCAGGUUCUUUCCAUAGGUGAUUGCUCAUUGUCUGGAAAAAUACCCCUUUGGCUAUCGAAGCUGACAAAGUUGCAGAUGUUGUUUUUGCCAAAGAACCAACUCAGUGGACCAAUACCAGACUGGAUUAAAAGCCUAAAUGUACUUUUCCAUCUGGACAUAUCAGAGAAUAACCUUACAGGGGCGAUUCCAACAGCCUUAAUGGAGAUGCCCAUGCUAAAGACUGAGAAGACAGCACCCCAUCUGGACCCAAGAAUCUUUGAGCUACCUGUUUAUACAUCUCCGUCGCUUCAAUACCGGAUAACCAGUGCUUUCCCUAAAGUGCUGAAUCUAGGUAAUAAUAACUUCACAGGUUUGAUCCCUGAGGAGAUUGGUCAGUUGAAGUCGCUCGUUAUACUGAACUUCAGUUCCAAUAGCCUAUCAGGAGAGAUACCACAGCAGCUCUGCAACCUGACGAAUCUGCGGGUUCUGGACUUGUCUAACAACCACCUCACAGGUUCAAUCCCAUCAGCACUGAAGAACCUGCACUUCCUUUCUGCAUUCAACAUUUCACACAAUGACCUCGAAGGACCAAUUCCAGAUGGAGUCCAGUUUAGUACAUUCCCAAAUUCUAGCUUUGAAGGGAAUCUGAAGUUGUGUGGCCCUAUUCUAAACCGAAGUUGCCGUUCAGUAGAACAACCAUCAAGAUCCAGAAAACACGGAAACAAGAAAUCCAUUUUAGCAAUUACAUUUGGUGUGUUCUUCGGAGGAACUUUAGUGUUUUUCCUGCUGGGGUGUCUCCUUGUCUCAAUCAACCGUGGUACUCUCAAAACCAGAAACGGGAACAGCAGAAAUGGAGAUGUGGAAGCAACUUCGUUCGAAACUGGUUCAGAACAAUCAUUAGUCAUAGUGCCACGAGGCAAGGGAGAAGAAAACAACCUCAAGUUUGCUGACAUAGUGAAGGCUACAAACAACUUUCACCAGGAGAACAUCAUUGGGUGUGGAGGCUAUGGGCUCGUCUACAAGGCUGAUCUACCGGAUGGCUCCAAGCUGGCCAUCAAGAAGCUUCAUGAUGAAAUGUGCCUGAUGGACAGGGAAUUCACGGCAGAGGUUGAAGCACUCUCAAUGGCACAGCAUGACAACCUCGUACCACUCUGGGGUUACGGCAUACAAGGAGAAUCGAGGUUCCUUAUGUAUCCUUACAUGGAGAAUGGCAGCCUGGACGAUUGGCUUCACAACAUGGAUGGUGAUGCCAGUUCAUUUCUUGACUGGCCGACAAGGCUCAAGAUCGCACAAGGAGCGAGCCGAGGACUUUCUUAUAUCCAUGAUGUCUGCAAGCCUCACAUUGUCCACCGUGACAUCAAAUCCAGUAACAUCCUUCUUGACAAAGAAUUCAAGGCUUAUGUUGCAGAUUUUGGGCUCUCCAGAUUGAUUGACAGUAAGACUCAUGUCACAACUGAGCUAGUUGGUACUCUGGGGUACAUCCCGCCUGAGUAUGGGCAAGGAUGGGUUGCUACAUUGAGAGGUGAUAUGUACAGUUUUGGCAUGGUCCUGCUUGAGCUGCUCACGGGAAGACGGCCUGUCCUGGUCUUGUCUUCAUCAAAAGAACUCGUCAAUUGGGUGCAGGAGAUGAAAUCAGAAGGGAAACAGCUUGAGGUCCUGGAUCCUACACUCCAAGGCACAGGCUAUGACGAGCAGAUGAUGAAGGUGCUUGAAGCUGCUUGCAAGUGUGUGAACCGUAAUCCUUGCAUGAGGCCAACCAUACAGGAAGUAGUCUCCUUCCUGGAUAGUAUCGACAGCCAAACUUCGCUCUCUGCGUGGCUGCUCGGUUGACGGAAGAGAUGGCGGUAGCCGCCGUUCGCCGCCGGCUCCGGUGUUCAUCUCGAGGUUUUUU